UCUCUCUCAAUACACCCCUCCUGAAUAACUCCGGUCACUGUCUUUUUUAUAAUUCGCUCCUUUCGUGCGUCCAGUGCCCUAUUCCCUGAGUUGAAUAGGCUUCUUGCUAUCCCCUCCUUUGGUUUGAGAUCCGGCUUUUGGCUGAUGACCUGCACUUGGCGGUCUCGGAUAGCUCUGCAAUAUUUUUUUUCUACACAGCACCAUAACAAGUCGAAAUGGACUCAGAUGCGGAUGGAGUGAACGAUUUUUUACAACGGAUCCGUGAAUUGGGCGAUAAACGAGAUCGUGAGGACGAGGAACGCUCCCGGAGGCUCGAGCAAGAGAUUAUAGCUGGGCGAGAAGCGAGGCGAGCUCGGAGAGAUGAACGUGCAAGAUCUCUAUCGCCCCAGAAAGAUUCACCACAGGGCACGCCGACGAGUAUUCAAUCGUUUUUGCUAGAUUCACCUAGAUCGGAGACCACGGGCGAUGUCCGCAUCCCCGGGAAACGUGAGGAUAGUGAAAAUGAUGAAUCAGCAGUGCGGGAACAAGGAGGACGGCCGACUGGUCCACUCUCAUGGCAGCGAAGACCUAAAUCCAACACGGUAUCAUCAUCCUCAUCAUCGCACCGACUACCUUCUGAUCGACAAGCGCAGCAACAUGACAGCAGUGAUGAGGAGAUCGAGAAGCGGCGUUCACAGAUUGCACUGAAUUUAGGCUCCAAGGAUCCAUCAUGGUUCAGACAGACGGCGGACCGAGGCACUACGUCGGGCGCUUUACGGAAGGCGCAGGAAGAAGGAAUGAAUGUUACCGGGAGGAUGCCACUACCGGGAAUGUCUACUAGUUCGACAAUUGGGAGAGAUGUAGGGCUUGGGCCAAUAAAACAAUCCCUUUCCGCUCAGUCUUCGAAUGAGACAUUGAAAUCAGCCAAUUUUCUUUCAUCAGGUUAUCUUGGUCGUAGCGAGUCUAUGCGUUCGACGGAUCGUAUUCCAUCUUCGAUUUCGGCUUCUGGAUUGUCAUCGCAUUCUAGAGAUGUGUCUCUAUCAAGCUCAACCUCGCUACGUUUUGAUCCCCCUGGGAGGGAGUCACUUUCAUCUACUGAUGGGAUUAACCGAUUAAUUGCUAUGAGCCCAAGCCAAGGGCGGAUAUCACCGGAACGUAGAGAGAGAACCCCCAGUCCUACAAAAGGUCUGGGGAGCUUUGUUCAGAGCGCAAUGUUGAAGAGAGAGGGCUCUAUAAAUAAGAGAUGGAGCAAUUCACAACAGCCUGGAGUUUUAUCGAGGAACAAUAGCUCUGCGGGUUCAGGACCCACUGCUAGGCCACCCUUCCCUCGAGCACGCGACUCCACUGCUACCGCUGAUGACCCAAGAGAGUCUUCACUGGCAUUUGACGAUGUUUCUAGGAGUGGAAUAAAGAAGGAGUCAAUAGAAGGGGAAGGCGGUGUGUGUGGCAUUGGUCGUCGAGGCUCUGCAAUCGAGGGGCUAUCGUCAAGCUACCCUUUAACAGGUGACGGCGGUUUAGAUCCACCUUCGAAGCGUUCAAAUGAGGAUACACCCCCCUCUUCACCUUCAAAAACCAUUGAUCAGAAGAGGUGGAGUCCGACAAAGUCCUCAUGGCUGGAAAGUGCGCUGAAGAAAGGUGCAGAGAGCCCACAAUUCUCACCACCCCCAAUGAAACCAUUGGUAAAACCUUUUGAGAAGCCGCCAUUAAGGCCGUUUGAGAAAAAGCUUCCGGAAACUGCCAGCACACCUGUUCGCCCUCCUACAAAUCCUAAGCCUCCCAACCUCUCGCCAAAGCCUUUAGGAAACCCUCCUGACCUCACAUCACCGAAGGCUGAUGUACCUUCGGAUACCGGAGAUGUUACUUCAAUAAGGCCGUCUGUUGCAGAUAAACCUAUUGUUUGCCCCAAGCCGUCGUUGAAAUCGCCAAUCAAUAUUACCGCGCCUAUUCUUGAGAAGUCGCCUCUCAGACCUAGAGAACCUCUUAACUUACGUGCUGGACUGAAGCCCCGGCCUGUGGUUGGGGGGAAUGGCAAAGGUGAAGAGUUGCCUUUUUUGAAUGCGAUGUCAAGGUUACGUUCUGUAAAGACUCAGAAUUAUGCAGCACCUAACGAGCUGAAGGAGCGUAUUCUGGCAGGAAAAGCCAAUUUGCAAGCUACGGGUGGCCCUCAGAAAAACAAAGGACCAGACCCUGUGAAAGAAACACUCCUUUCAGUCAAAGGAUCUCUUAGACACUCCAGUAGCCCUAGUGUUGUACCUACAGUGCCUCCAGCUGAGACAAAACCUAAAACAUCAAAUCUUACCAAGCAGGUGCUUCCACUAGCGAAACCCGGGCCUGAACUGAAGGAGUCAGCCCUUGCCAACAGAUUUAACCCGAGCCUUGCCACUUUGUUACAGCGAGACCCUCUCGAAAUGUCUCUCGGUAGGAGCCUGGAAGCCGCUCAAAGUGAGGGUAGAAGUGAAGCUACAAGUAAUACUGAGAUUCAGGGGAGUGGGAAAGCCCUCACGCAUGUAGGUUAUUUCUGGGGUAGUUUUUUACACUAUUUUUGUGGAUAG